GCCCCGCAGUUACUGCAGGACAACGAUUGGAUGUACCUGGUGCGGUGGUUCCCUGAGCGACAGUCCGGACCAUCAGCAGAUCUCACCAAGACCUCGCCCGGCCGGCGGUGAGAGGAGCCCUCCCGGUCUGAUCCUUGCUGCACACCGGAGCAUCACUCCCUCAGCGCGCUGCCCCGAGAUUGAUGCAGUGGAGAUGAGACCGUCUCUCAGCUCUUUGCGGACGGUGAAGAGGACGUGGAGAAAGAUGCGAGGGCCUGUGUCACGGCAGCCGAGUGACACUGAUCUUCAGGCUGUUCCCCGGACGCUCAGGAAAACGGAGAUCACACCGAAGUGUCCAUAGACAGGGGUUCCCAACCUGGGGUCCACUGACCCUCGUUAAUCGUCUCGGUCCGGGGUAUAAAAAAGCCUGGGAGCCCGAGCUGCAGAGGAGUGUAGCCGACUGACACCUUCCAGGCUGCAGGGACGCACUGAAGGGAUGGGGCUCCUUUCCCACUGGACGGGAGGAAGCCUCUCUGUUCUUGUCGGAGUGAACCAGCCUGGGCACCACAUGAGCGGCAAUAGUCUUGUGGGUUUUAAUGACUGUGAAAGAACGCCGAUAUCUGUCGGUGUUUCAUUUCGGAAGUUCCGGAAGAUCAGUCUGCUCUGCUUUCUGGCCUGUUUGGGUUUGAGCUUAGAUAAGGGGCUUUGAUGUUCAACUUGGAAAUGUUGUGUCAGCCCAUCAGGAUGGUGGAAUCAGGAAGAAGGUUCUAGAGAAGGCCGGGCGGAGAGGUUUUUGUGCGGACACUGGUGUGGGUCGAGGUCCUUAUGGCGGGAGCUGGGAGAAGACAGGAGGGAAGGUGACUGAGGAUGCCGUCCCCGUUGCACAAUGUUGUUCAUGGAGUUGAAUGGCUUCAGGGAGAAGGGACCUGUGCUCCCGAGGGAGAGUCCGUUUGUUCGAGAUGGAUUUCGAGAGACAUUCGGAAGGUGGUGUGUGGUUUCACACAGACCGCGGGUCCAACGUGAACGGGUUAAAUCUGCGUUAGACUCUCUCACAGAAAAGAAACGCGAGCUCGAGGACGUGGAGCGGCAACAGAAAGAGAAGGUUUCUGCAGUUCGGGAACAGUCACACAGUGUUCAGUCCCACAUCACAUCCCAGUUUGAUGAACUGCGCCGGAUUAUCACCGAGAAAGAGCAGCGCGCACUCCGAGAUCUCAGGGAAGAGGAGGAGAGGAUUCUGAAUCCGAUGGAGAAAAAUCUUCAAAAGAUUCAAGAGAAUUUAAAUUCUAUCCGGGAGAAAAUGUCAAAGUUACAGGAACAGAUGGAUCAGCAAGAUAAUGUGACAUUCCUCAUGGAGAACGCUCAUCGGAAGAGGAGGAUCAGUGAUGACGCCAAGUUCCUGUCAGUGACACAUGGCACCCUACCUAUUGAAAAAUUCGAUCACCCCUUGUUGUUGAACACAACCUUGAGAGAAAUGUCUGAUACAAUUAAGCGAGUCUCUGUCACCCUGGAUGUGGAAAUGGCGAGUCCGUGGCUCGAGGUGUCUGAGGAUCGGAAGAGUGUGAGACGGACCGGGACCCGGAGGAAUCUCCCUGACACCGGGAAGUGGUUCACAGACUGGGCUUGUGUGCUGGGAUCGGAGGGAUUCACAUCGGGGAGACAUUACUGGGAGGUGGCGGUGACGGGGAUUCGGGGCUUGUGUCUGGGAGUCGCCGCAGAGUCUGUGGAGAGGAAGGGAUUGGUUCAGACCGAGUCCGGAGACCGUGUUCUGGAUUUUGGUGACGAGUUACAUCGGGAUUGUGACGUGUCCCGUGGUUCCCUCAUUAGCGCGUUGUUCAGAUUCUACUUACGCAAGUCCCUUGGUCUCCCCUCCUCUAUGUCCCGUCUCCCUGCCGGUCCCAUCCCCGGGAGGGUGGGAGUUUAUCUCCGUUACGAGUCCGGAACAGUUUCAUUUCACAACGCAGAGACCAAGUCCCAUCUCCACACCUUCACCGGGAAUAAAUUCAUGGAGAAAUUUUAUCCUUUCUUCUGGACUGAAAAUCCAAACGAGUGGCUGAGAAUCUGCUCCGGUUCCGCUCUGGGUCUGUAAACGGGUCGGGUCCGGGACCGGAGUCAGGAGUAAGUCAGUGUAAAUAUAAAUGUGCGGAGAGUGAAAUAAACACGAUGUGAGAAUUAUUGAUCCAUUAAUUUUAACCCGUUCACCGCAUCCGUCAACGGAACAGAAACGCUGCGGAUUCAGCAGCAGCCGUGGGCGGCGGGUCCUGAGCUCCCCGGCUCCCCCGGGUGCUAAAUCCACUGGGACUAACAGGGUAACUGGGGCAAGUGGUGGUGCUGCGGACUGGGAGAGGGAGGUCAGGGUGAAUCUUGGUAACACACAAAGCGCCUGGGUCUCCCACCGUGUCAGGUAACAUCUGUGGAGGCAAAUGGGCAGGUGAUGGGUGGAUGCAGGUAGAUGAGGGAGGGGUGGAGUGUGGAAAUGAGUCAGAUACUGGGAGGGUGGGGAGGAGUAUGUGAGUGAUGGGCAGAUGGAGAUUUUGGGAUGAAGUGUGUGGUGGAUGGAGAGAUGCGGAGGGUGGGGAUGAGUGUGUGGGUGAUGGGCAGAUGGAGAGGGUGGGGAGGACUGUGUGGGUGAAGGGCAAAUG